AUGGGGUGUAGUAUCAGUACACAUGCUGUAGAGGACGAAAACGAUCCCUUCUUACAGGGCCAGAGGGCCAAUGACCGCAUUGAGCAGUCCCUACAGCAGGAGAAGGACAAGAGUAAGAGUGAGAUUAAGUUGUUGCUACUGGGAGCUGGUGAAUCUGGGAAAUCUACUGUCUUGAAACAGCUGAAAUUGAUGCAUCAAGGUGGAUUUACACACCAGGAAAGAUUACGAUACACGCAAGUGAUAUGGGCUGAUGCGAUACAAUCGAUGAAAAUUUUGGUGAUACAAGCGAGGAAAUUGGGGAUUCAGUUGGAUUGUGAUAACCCUGUGAAGAGUCCGGAAUUGUUUGAGUGUAAGCGCGUUCUAUUGAAGGCCAAAGCGCUGGAUUUUAUCGAUGCGGGGGUAGCUGGUGGAUCGGAGUUUCUAAGUGACUACGUGUUGAAGUAUUCUGAACGAUACGAGACCAAGAGACGAAUACAGAGUACUGGCGAAGCCCAGGCAUUCGACACCGAGCAAGCUGCUCAGCUCGAAGCCCCACUGGAUUUGCGAGAAAUUUCCAACAAUUUGGAACAAGGUACCAGCGAUGACCAGAUGUUCAUUCGUGAGCAACAGCGACAAUUGCAACAGAGAGCACGUACGAACGAAGAGGUUGCAUACGCGAUUCGUGCCCUAUGGCGGAGGGACCAUGGUAUCAAGCAAUGUUACGCCCGUUCGAAUGAAUUUCAACUCGAAGGUUCUGCCGGUUACUAUUUUGACCACCUGGACAAUUUCGCAAGACCUGACUACGUUUGCACAGACGAAGAUAUCUUAAAAGGACGUAUCAAGACUACUGGAAUCACCGAAAGUGAGUUUACGAUCGGGUCUUCGAAAUUCCGGGUUUUCGACGCAGGAGGACAACGAUCUGAGCGUAAGAAAUGGAUCCACUGCUUCGAAGGGAUAACUGCAGUUCUUUUUGUGCUUGCCAUGAGUGAAUACGACCAAAUGUUGUUUGAAGAUGAACUUGUAAACCGUAUGCAUGAGUCAAUCAUGUUAUUUGACACACUGGUCAAUUCACGCUGGUUCCGUGACACACCGUUUAUCCUAUUUCUUAAUAAGAUGGACCUAUUCGAGGAUAAAGUGCGCCGGAUUCCAAUUCGCAAAUACUUCCCAGACUACCAAGGUCGUGUGGGGGAUGUCGAGGCUGGAAUAAGUUAUUUUGAAAACAUAUUUCUAAGCUUGAACCGAACCGACAAACCCAUCUACGUGCGCAGAACGUGUGCUACCGACUCACAAACGAUGAAGUUUGUACUGAGUGCAGUGACUGAUCUGAUCACUCAGCAGAAUCUCAAACGGUCUGGAAUUCUAUGA